AUCAUGUUGAGCUGGGCCGCUCUGCUCCUCGUCCUCUGCAGCUCCCUGAGCUCUGUGCUCUGCUGUGAUUGGCUCAGCCACUAUGGUCACCUGAGCAACACCUCGCUGAUUCUGCUGCGCCACAUGGGUGGCGAGCUGACGAGACAGGAGUGUCCUGUUCCCUUCCCAUACAGACUCUACGAACGGAUACGGAACUCCUCGGUGGAGUCCCAGCUGGUUUUCAUCAAAGACAGUCUCGAGCUGAUCGCUGGUCUCUAUCACCAUGACAACCGCUCCUCCGUCGCCUGGGACACCGACAAGACGGAGCACUUCCUGAUGACCAUCCACAGACAGAUGGACGGACUCAGCAGCUGUGUGUCCACCAGCAGACUAGCAGACAGCAAACUGAGAAAAUACUACAGAAGACUGGAAACCAGUACUCUGUACCGCACUGGUGGUAGUACUGACUGUAGUACUGUGUGUACAGGAUG